AUGGACAAAUUUCACCAUUUUAAUCCGAAUUGCACACUUCCUAAUCAAGAGACUACUGGCUUCGUCAAAGCACCAAACAUACGCACGACUAUGCAAAUCAUCUGGAGUUGUUUCAGCGUCAUCCUGCUCUGCACCUGGUCCAUUCUUCGUCCCAACGUGCCACCCGAGCUCACGCCGAACGGAUGGCGACAGUCCAUUUACAAAAAGGCAUUUCUUGUAUGUCGAAAGGUCUACUGGAUGGGCGUGAUGCUUAUUGCUCCGGAAUUUCUCACCACCUUUACGACUAAGAAGAUGCUUGGCACGAAAAAGAACGUCGCAGAGCUGAAAAGGCUUGCGGGGGACGAAAUUGAGUGGGGUUUGCCACAGACUAUUCUUGCGGAUCCAUGCUUGUCAUUACCAUAUUCUGUAGCCAAUAAUGAUAAUCUUCGGUGA